AGAGAGCGAGAGAGAGAGAGCUACAGAGAGUGAGUGAGGCGGGAGGGGGAGUCUAAAACGGCACUGCUGUGUGUGUUCAGAGGGACAGAGUGUGUGUGAGGCUGAAGGGAGUCUUCACCGACCCGAGACGGACUGAAGAGCCGCUGCACCGAGCAAGAAAGUCGAAGCGACAAGAAACCGGACAAGUUUGAGAGGAGCAGCCAUGGCGGGAAGCACGCUGAGGAGUUUGUGUUUGCUGUCUCUGUCACUAGGAGUGUGUCUUGCUGGAAUCACAGUGAAAGUGAGUCCCAAGGUGGAUGUGAUUCUAGGAGAAACUGCUCGACUGCCCUGCAGCUACACCAUCUCUGAUAAUUCCGUCCAGCCAGUGGUCCAGUGGUUCAUCGACUCUGCAGGCACGAGGAAACGUAUAGCUUACAGGUCCCCCACAGAAAGUGGCCUGGAAAAAAUCAGUCAGUUUAAAGACCGUGUCAUCAUGGAACCUGACAUGACCCUGGUCAUCUCUAAAACCAACGUGGAGGACGAAAUGAGCUUCUUCUGCCAGGUCAGAGGAGGCGCCGUUGGUGUCGAAGAGGACGAGACCCAGCUCAGGGUUUUCUUUUCUCCAGAGAAGCCAGUGGUGACUGACAAUACCCGUAACAUUUUUGCUAGCCAGGAUCAGUCUUCUGAGGUUGGCAAGUGCACCAGCAGGAAUGGUCACCCACAGCCUCGUAUCAUCUGGUUUAAAGACUCCAAGCCUCUACCAGAAGUCACAGAUUCUAAAGAAAAGACCUACAUGGUGCCCAGAGUGGUGAAAGAGUCAUCGGGUCUGUUCACGGUGGCCAGCACUCUCUUUAUGCGGCCGACGAAGGAGGAUGCCAAGUCGGUUUUCCACUGCACCGUGGAGUAUGCAAUGCCCAACGGACAAAUCAGAAAGGAAAGCUCUGAUCAUUUCAAUCUCACAGUGUACUAUCCAGCAGAGAACGUGGAUUUCACACUGGUGAACCAGGGCCCGAUCAAAGAAGGAGACAGGGUUCAGAUGAAGUGUGAGACGGAUGGAAACCCUCAGCCUCAGUUUGAAUUCUACAAGGGCGAUGUCAAACUUGGACACACUGACACGGGUUUAUUGGCGCUGGAAAAAGUCACUCGUAGUGAUGCUGGCACCUACAGGUGUGAAGCUCUGGACUUUGAAGCCUCUGUUGAUCUAACCAGAACUCUCGCCUUCAAAGUGCACCAUCUGGACCCAGUUUCUGUUGAACCUGCUGGCCCUUUGACUCUCAAAGGAGGUGAUGCCUUGGACCUGCAGUGUCAGACCAAAUCUGCUGAUCCCUUCACCCUGGUUUGGAUGAAGGGUGGUAAGGAGCUGUCUCAGACAGGUGGACUCUCUCUGCAGUCCGUCACUCUGGCAGAUGCUGGUGAAUACGUGUGUGUCGCAUCUGUCCCUACAGUGCCAGGCCUGGAGAAACAAGCUAACAUCACCGUCAGAGUCGAAGGCAAGCCUGAGAUUGAUGUGCCUGUUAAAGUUGAGGUGAAUAAAAGGGGAGAUGAAGUCACUCUGAGGUGCUCUGCUCUAGGCUAUCCUGCUCCACAGUUCACCUGGAAACCCUCUGGCAAAGAGUCAGUGACAGUAGAAGGACAAAAGACCAUCAGCACAAUCACCCUGAAGGCCACAGAGGCAGUCAUUAACGACGGCGUCACUUGUGAAGCGACCAAUAAAUUUGGCACAGACACCAAGAAGUUUGAGGUGGCUGAAUCAGUUAACACUGUUGAUGGAGACAACAAUAGAGGACAAGGAAGCCCUGUGUUUGCAAAAGUAGCUGAACUUCAGCAUGCCGGCUCCAGCGUAGUAGUGAUCGCCGUGGUGGUGUCCGUGCUUCUGCUGCUGUUCAUUGUGGCCUUCCUGUACUUCCUCAGUAAGAAGGGCAACAUGCCUUGUGGCAAAAAGGACAAUGCACCUGGGAAUGGGCAGGGAGAAGUCGUCAAAAAGGAAAACCUACUCGAUAAGGAGCAAGAUGUCUGAUUAAAUGAAGAUUGGACAGUGAAGUGGCAGGGGUGCCUUUUCUUCACAGAAGGAGGCACCGACCUGAAGGACGAAGAUGAAUUUGAGCUGUAAAUUUUGUUUCAGGUGGGGUUGGGCACAUUGGGGCUGUACUGGGGUGGG